AUGGUGGUGAACUUCUUCCACGAGGCGUGGUCCUACGUCGGGGUUUGCGGAUUCAUCGUCAUACUGCGAUUCGUAUGCAAGAUCCAGCAAGGCGGAUGGCGAAAGCUGGCUGUGGAUGACUUGCUGAUGGUCCUCGCGAUGUGCUUCUACGCAGCCGAGACCUCAGCAGCGCACAUGAUCGUGACCUGGAUGGGCAUGGCCAACAACAACAUGAGGCCUGAGUACCGCGCAGCAUUAGAUCCGCAUUCGGAGGAGUGGGCGAUACGAGUCAAGGGCUCCAAGAUGAACAUUGUGGGAUGGUUCACCUACUUGACCCUCUUCUGGCUGUUGAAGUCGUGCUGGACUAUCUACUAUUCGAGGAUGACGGAUGGUCUCUACCGGAUGGAUGCCCGAAUCAAGAUCGCAUGGACUGUCCUUGCGACUACAUUUCUGGCCUGCGUGUGCGUUAUUGUUUUCCAAUGCCGUCCUUUCAACAAGAACUGGCAGAUCAACCCGAAUCCUGGUAACCAAUGCCAGCCUGCAUACUCUUUCCUUCAGGUUUCCUUUCUCAUGGCCUGCAACACAGUAACAGAUUUGUAUCUCAUGUCGAUCCCAAUUCCGAUCAUUUGGAAAGCGCGCCUCGCUACGAAGACUAAAAUCUCGCUCCUCGUCCUCUUCAGUCUCUCCUGGGUCGUAGUCAUCUUUGGUAUCGUCCGAUGCGUCACCCUCGUCACAACUGGCGAAUACGAAAAGUCUCAGUCCGGUCCCUGGUCUGUCCGCGAAUCCUUCCUCGCCAUAAUCGUUACCAACGCGCCCGUCGUUGUCCCGCUUCUUAAGCGCUGGUUCGACAAAGUGACCGGCAUAGCCUCUACGCGCAUCAAGUCGUCCAAAGGCGGCUCGUACCAGCUCGAUUCGCAGGACCGAAGCAACAAGCCCAGCUCAAAUCUGGCCAGCCGUGAGGAGAAGAAAAAGAAGAAGUUUCAACACCCGCUGUCGCUGCCGAUGACGACGAAGUGGGGAAGUGAUGAAGAGAUCACAGUGGAUCAGCAGAUGAUGGGUACGGGUGGAAGGGCGGUGGAUCAGCACAGGGAUGCGAAGAGCGACGUGUCAGUUGAGGCCGUGGAGAUGAAUGAUAUGAGGCGGCCAGAGCGGUACAGUAAAGUCACAGGGCAGGCGAGGCCUGGUGGACCGAAUGACUACUCGCGGGACAUUGUCGUGACACAGGGGUGGGAGGUCAACUCCAAGUACUAG